UUCGUGCAGGGCUCUCAGCAGAACAAGCUGGGGGACGUGCCGAUACCUCUGCAGGAGCUUACUGGAGCUCUGGCACGAGCUAUCGCGAAGGCCAAGAUGAGCGAGCUGGCGACCGUCGAGACGAAGAUGGACGAAGAAAAUUCAAGCUUGCAGUGUGCGUCUUGUUGUACAGCGCCCGUCUCCAACAACAAGGACGAGAGGAGCACGGACCCUCAUGUCAAGCAGCAGGCACAGAAGAUACACGAGAACAUGGGUCACUGCAGUAACGAGAAUCUGGCGAUGGUUUUGAAGUACGGCAAGGCUCGCCAGGUCUUUACCGAGGCCGCGCAGCAUCUGGUCUGUCCAAGUUGCGAGGCAAACAAGCGUCCCAGGCUGGCCAAACCGUCCAAGGCUCCCACAACCUACCAGUUCAUCGACGUCAUCGGUAUGGACAUCUUCUUCGUUCUAGGUCCCGAGAACACCACCAAGGUGCCAAUGCUCAACAUCGUGCGUCACGGGACGGGGCACCAAGUCGCGGCACCGCUGCCGAGCAGACAAGGUCAGCAGAUCAGACGACAUUAUCGUGCUUUCUGGAAGCGGAUGUACGACACUCCCAGGAUCAUCGUGAUAGACGGCGAGAGAGGUUUUUCAACAGGCGAGUUUCCAGACGCAGCUGAAGGAGACGGCGCCGAGGUGAAGGUGACGAGCGCCACCUCGCCAUGGCAGGCAGGCAAGACUGAGAGGGCUGGGGGGACCUGGAAGGAGACCUUCUACCGCACAAGGCAGAAGCUCAACACCAAGAACUGGGACGACUUCUACGAGCUGGUCGACUCAGUCAACGUGGCGAUUGCCAUGACUGGGGGCACCGAGCUUGCCAGGAUCAUUGACAUGCGCAAGGCAGCCAUGGCAUCGUACAUCGAGGCGGAGUGCUCCGAGAAGUGGCGACGAGGGGAGACAUCCGCCUGUGAGCAGAUCGACCACACGAUGAAGGAGGAAGUGAGCACCGAGAACUGCGGAAGGCGCAAGUACGAGGACCUGACCAAGCAGCCCUCACCAGCUGAGGAGGACCAGGACGACGUACCUCAGACAGCACCUCCAGAGCCAGCAGGGGAUGAUCAACCAGCGGUCUCCCUGGAGCCACCGACGGUGGAGAUCGAGCACUCCUCCGAUGUGAAGUCAGAUCCCAUCCCCAUGGAAACGCAGUACUACGAUCACCUCGACGAUGUACCGAUCACCAUCAAGCAGGCUCUAGUUAACCCUGACGCGGCGAUACCGGUGGCACAACGUAUCGCGACCAUCGAGGAGAAUAUUCAGAAGGACCAGCAGGCUCCCCCCAAGAAAAAGCGGAGGGGAAAAGUUCAGGGCGCCACCGGCGCUCUGUUGACCAGUGCAGCUCAACGAGGACGCAAGAAGGUCACGGAGAAGUCUCUUGUGAACACCUACAAGUACCAGCCGUACAUCUCAGCCAAGCGCAGGGAGUGGGGCAACAUACAGUGGGUCCUUACGGACAGGGACGGCGACCCCAACGAGACCGACGCGAGCAAGAAGCCUUUGCUCUUCAUGAAUGGCAACGACUGGAGGAUGGCCAAGGCGCGAUGGACCGUCCAGGGACACACCGACCCUGACCUGCUGGAGCUGGAGACCUACAGCCCAGUCGUGGGUAAGGAUUCGGUUUUCCUCAUCCUGCAGAUCUUGUGCACCAAUAAGUGGACGCUGCAGCUUGCAGACAUCACGUCGGCCUUCACAGCAGGAGACCCACUGGACAGGUCUCAGGGCAGGCUCUUUGUGGAACUACCACGGACGGGUAUACCAGACGUGGAAACGGGUUCGUUGGUGGAGUUACUCAAGGCAGUAUAUGGACUCGGAGACGUUCCCGUCCAAUGGCUGGCCUCUUUCACAAGUUAUGCCAAAGAAAUCGGUUCUCAGUGCUCCAUCUUUGACGGCUGCGUCUUCUACCUCAGGGACGAGGAGGGCUUGCGCGGCGUCAUGGGCCUUGCGGUGGACGACAUCGUGGGCGGCGGCGACCAGAAGUUCGAUGAGAAGGGGAAGUACACAGGCAAGGAGCUCGACCAGAACGACGACAACACGGAGAUCACCAUCUCUCAACGCCAGAGCUCCGUUAAUAUUCAACUUAUCGACAUCGCCACAGAGAGGCGCAAUACGCCUCAGCCACCAGCGACGCCAGCAGAGCUGCAUCAGUCACGGAGCCUGCGCGGCUCCAUCUCCUUCCUGGCGCGGGAGAGUCGCCCCGACCUCUCGGGUCCUGUCUCUCUCUUGCAGGGAAAAAUGCCGAAUCUCACUGUGGACGACUUGCUGGAAGCAAAUCGUAUCGGCCGCAGGGCCAAGGAGUUUUGCGACGUAGCACUCAAGGUACGACACAUACCUUUUCACGAGCUGGCCUUCGCUGCUUUCAAUGACGCGGCCUGGGCCAAUGCACGGGAUGGAGCAUCACAAGCAGGAUACAUCGUGUUCGCUACGCGGCGUAAGAUCUUGAAGGGCGAAGCGGCCACCAUCUCCAUCCAAUCUUGGAAGAGUCACAAAUUGAAGAGGAAAUGUGCUCACCAGUUUGGUGCGGAGACGCUGGCCACAUCGGAGGGCAUGGCUAUGGCGGAGUUCACCAGGACCAUGCUGCUGGAGAUCGUCGGCUCUGAGUUCGAUCUGAUGCGUCCCUACCUACUCGCUGGUUGUUCCCCCGUCAUCAGUGUGACCGGCUCCAGAGGCGGUUACGAUCACGUUGCCAGUCCGAAGGCGGGACUGGCGGAGGACAAUAGGGCAGCAAUCGACGUGGCCAUCGUGCGCUCAGCGAUGCAGCGACCUCAAGUUCAUCUACGAUGGAUCGAAGGUACAAGUCAGCUGACCGACCCGCUCACCAAGCGCAAGGGCGAGAGUACGUUACUUCGACAUGCCCUGGGGUUGGGCGAGUACGGUAUCACUGCGGACAGCAUCGUGCUACGCCGACGGGAACAAGAGCGACAGAUGAGGAAGAAGAAGGGCAACCCUACUUAUGCCUAUUCUGUGCACGACUACGAGGAUGACGACCUCAACUACGAGCCCGAGGCCUAUCGGUGGAUCCGAGAGGCCCAGGAGGUAUACCAGGCCCAGACCACCGACAGGGCCGUGCAUGUGCAUGGAGAUGCGAG